AUGAAACUGAGUGUGGGAAUAUUUUUUGGAGGCUUCUUUGCAGCUCUGGGAGUUUUGCUUUUUUUGGUGGCAUUUGGAACUGAUUAUUGGCUUCUUGCUACGGAAAUAGGAACGUGUUCACAACCACCUGAAGAUGCUGGGGGAGAGAAGGCCACUUUCCAUCAUGAAGGUUUCUUCUGGAGGUGCUGGUUUAGUGGAAAUGUAGGAGAAAAUAAUGCCAGCAUGUGGAAGUUCUGGUAUACUAACCAGUCACCUUCUAAGAACUGUACACAUGCUUACCUGUCACCGUUUCCUCUUCUCCGAGAUGAACACAACUCAACUUCCUAUGACUCUGCAAUCA